AACCAGUUAGUUCCUGUUGAGUUGUCAGUGAGAAGAGACGCACUGACAGACAGACGGUAAGAUUUACCUUUUAUUACAAAGAUGUGACUUUAACUGAGGGAGGACAGUUACAGGAAGGAGCUCUAAAGUACUGAAGAAGUGAAAUACUUUAACUGUAAUCUGCUGCAGACUGAAAAAAACACUUAAAGACUCAAAGUGAAAGUAACUGAGGCAGCUUUCUGCAACACUGUGACACACCUUUAACACUGUCUGCUGUGUUUCUAUCUGCACUCAGAGACAAAAUGGCUUCUAUGUCAGAGGAGGAUUUCUGCUGUUCGGUCUGUUAUGAAGUCUUUAGAGAUCCUGUUGUUCUGUCAUGUAGCCACAGCUACUGUAAAGACUGUCUGAAGAGCUGGUGGACAGAGAAACAGACACAGGAGUGUCCAGUUUGUAAGAGAAGAUCUUCAAAGUCAGAACCACCUCGUAACCUGGAGUUAAAGAAGCUGUGUGAGAGUUUCUUACAGCAGAGAGAUCAGAGAGCUUCAGAGGCUCUCUGCAGUCUGCACUCUGAGAAACUCAAACUCUUCUGUCUGGACCAUCAGCAGCCAGUGUGUCUCGUCUGCAGAGACUCAGAAAAACACUCCAACCACAUAAUCAGACCCAUCGAUGAAGCUGCACGACAACACAAGAAGAAACUCCAGGAAACUCUGGAGAACUUAGAGGAGAAGAUAAAGGUUUUUGAACAAGUUAAAGUGAAGUUUGAUCAAACAGCAAAACACCUGAAGGUCCAGGCCCGACGCACAGAGAUGCAGAUUAAGGAUCAGUUUAAGAAGCUUCACCAGUUUCUAGAAGAGGAAGAGGAGGCCAGGAUGGCUGCACUGAGGGAGGAAGAGGAGCAGAAGAGUCAGAGGAUGAAGGAGAAGAUGGAGACUCUGAGCAGAGAGAUAGCAGCUCUUUCAGACACAGUCAGAGCCACAGAGGAGCAGUUGAGAGCUGAAGACGUCUCAUUCCUGAUCAACUACAAGGCUGCAGUGGAAAGAGUCCAGCAGCGCCCCCUGCUGGAUGAUCCACAGCUGCUCUCAGGAGCUCUGAUAGACGAGGCCAAACACCUGGGCAACCUGAGCUUCAACAUCUGGAACAGGAUCAAGGACAUGGUCUCCUACACUCCUCUGAUUCUGGACCCAAACACUGCUCAUCCAAGACUCAUCCUGUCUGAAUAUCUGACCAGUGUGAGACGAGGAGGAGAGAGACAGAAGCUUCCUGAUAAUCCAGAGAGGUUUGAUGAUCACUUCUCUGUCCUGGGCACUGAGGGCUUUAACUCAGGGACUCACAGCUGGGAUGUCGAGGUUGGAGACAGUACAAACUGGUCACUGGGUGUGUUAGCAGAGUCUGUCCAGAGGAAGGGACGCAUAAAGUCUGGAUUAUGGAGAAUAUACUUCUGUAGAGGGAAAUACUCAGCGUGGUCUCCAUCAGCUCCAGACACUGAUCUCCCGUUUAAGAAGCAGCUCCAGAGGAUCAGAGUGACUCUGGACUGGAACAGAGGAAAUCUGUCGUACUCUGAUCCUGAUACUAACACACACAUAUACACCUUCACACACACUUUUACUGAGAAGAUGUUUCCGUUAAUUAGCACAGGAGCAGUCCCACUGAAGAUAUCACCACUGAAAGUCUGUGUGACAAAACAACAGGUCUGAUAGUCUUUAGUUUGAAGGGGGUGAUAAUAAUAGUACUAAACACUUCUUAAAGUCCAAAUGUGUCCAUGUAUUUAGGUUUAAAGGUCCAACAUGUAAUACUGACUGCGAGCGUUUAAAAUGGUUACUGCAGUCCAAAUUCAAAAUACUGAAAAGAGUUGUCUUCCCCGGCCCCUCCUCCCCCAGCGUCGAAGUUCACGGGAAUUGCCAACGCUAAACCCAACGUCACACAAUAACAAUGUUAGCUUGAUGCUAGUCUCGCAUUGCCAGACAUUACUCCACAGCGCAGCGGAGUUGCUAGAUGCUGCUAUGUUGACGGUUAUAAAAGCCUGUGCUCUCACGGAGCUCUGUACGCGGCUGACAGUCACCUUUUAUGGACUAACCAUAACAACAACAACCGCUAAAAAGAC